ACAACACCUUCAAAGAUCGGCCCUCAGAGUCAGACGAGCUACAGACCAUCCAAGAGGACAGUGUAGCAGCUUCAGAGAAUUCGGAUUUGAUGGCUUCACAAAAGCGCUCCUCGUUCCGGCACGGAUCAAAAAUGGCAUCUGCGAGCACUACAGACCAUGCUAGACAUGGAUCUCCAAGGCACAGAGACUCGGGUCUACUUGACUCGCUGGGCAGAUUCUUUGGAGGUGAAAGACACGUUCCCCGGCGGGGCUCGGGCAAGGAUAUACACGCAGCCAGGGCCAGCCACCACGUAGGGUCCAUCCCCCAGAGAUCUCAGCAUGGCCGGCCUGGUGACGACAACCCCGUAGUCCACUUCUUCAAGAACAUUGUCUCACCCCGUACGCCUCCCCCCAUGCAAGCAAAGGGUGGUGAAGGACACAAACCAGGAUAUGGAGGAAGCGGAAAAUUCUACGAGCAUAAAUCUGCUCACAAGGGACAUAAGGGAUCCUAUCAUGAGGGCCAGGGCACUCUUUCCAAAAUCUUUAAACUGGGAGGCUCUGGGUCCCGACCUGGAUCGCGGUCUGGUUCACCAGUUGCUAGGCGCUGAAGCUCUGAGAUGCCAUCCAAGGAUCAUGUACUCUGCUUCAUAAUAUAACUGCCUUAAUAUUAAUAACAACUGCAACAAUUACCUAGAUAGAUGCAAUCCAUUACUUAAUGCCAAUUAGGUUCUGCAUGCAGUAGAUGAUACAAACUUCUAUUGGCAAUCCCUGACCAACAGUUGAAUGAAAGGAACGCAAAAAAUAGCUUUACUAGGUGUUUUCCUUAUUUUAUGUGAAGUAACAAGAUCUCUGACUUUACUCAUUCUUCUUCAGGAUGCCCUAACUGUAUGCUGGACUUCAUUAUUUCUCCCAAGCACCUAAUUUGAGCUCGUCUUCUGGUUUCGUUUUAGUGAACAUCAGAAUUACAAAUAAAGAGCUAAUGUCUUGGAUACUGAGCACUGCUGUUAAUGAAUUUCUGAGACACUGCUGAUAAAAAAAAAAAAUCCACCAUGUGCAGAAGUUGUAAGGACUGUUUAUCCAAAUACUUUCUUUGAUUUGGUUUUGUUUGGUUUUAAUCUUCCUUCUCUCACUCACAGAAUAAUUUAUUUUCAUAACAGGAUUAGGCAGUCAUGGAAAGGUUUACCAAACAUUGGGAGUUCAAGGCAUGUGAAGUGUGGGAGGGGGCAGAUGUUGUAGAAUCAAUACGAUGCGGAGCAACAGUAAUAAGGAGAUUCUUUCCGUACCAUGAAUUGCUUAUCGCAUCCAAACCAUUAGAAUUAAGAGCAGAUGAGGGAGAGAAAGAGGAUUUCAAAUUUGAGUUAGACUAAUGUUAAGAAACAAGGGAUAUUCCCAGAGAAGAAACACCUAAGAUCGCACAAGUGACCACUGGACGUCACUGGUGCUCCACAAACUCUGCUGCAACAGCAUUAACUUUGCAGUACAAUAAGUAAGUAAAUAAAUAUAUAAACAAAUAAGUCUAAUUUCUGAAAGAGAGCCCUUCAGUACUGGUAUCUCAGAUAGUCCUGCACAUCUCGCGUUAGAAUUUCAAAUCUUGCUCUUGGUAUUGCAGCAGUGUUAUCUUUUGUCAGCUCAUCUUUUGCCUGAGUAACAUCUGGAUGCCUAUUAAAGACAGCGCACCAAAGCAAACUCAUAGUAAACUGCUGUGAACAUUUAACUGUUGUACUGUAGUUGCCUUAUAGAAAUGAAUUAUAGCUGAGUUAGAUUUAGAUAUUAAUUGUUCACAAAUUACUAAAACCAAUGUGUGGCAAUGGUAUUUCCAACCACACUUAGGGAAAUAAAAGGCUCUUCUGAAUUGCACUGUUUUAUUACUUAAACUUACCAUUUCUUCAAGGUGUCAUCUAAGUGUCUGAUUAAUUUUUUUUUUUUUUUUUAGUUUUAGCCUCCGCAUUGUAGACUACAAUUAAUGCUUCCCAGGUUGAAACUGCAUUCCUAAUAAAUGCCCAGUAAAUGUUACCUAUAAAUAUGUUUGUUAAUUGCAUUUCACAUCUGAAUCUAUUGUAGGUUUAAAUCAGUGUCCAUUAAUAAGAAGCAGUGAAAGAUGAGAGGAUAGAAAAUACAUAGAGACUAAAGAAUACAAACCCACCAAAUUAUUAAGCGUACACACACGUAUUACAUCUUCUAUUACCUACACUGGUUGCUAUGUGUAUUUUUCUAUUGUAGCUUCAUUCAGAUGUAUACUCUGCAACGUAAUAGUUGAUUUAAUUUGAAUACGUAUUGUUCUUAUAGGAACACAGCUUUUAAAAAUAUUCAUUAUUGAAAUAAAGUAAUCAACUUGAAAUGAAA